AGAGAGAUUAUUUUGAAGCCAAAGCACUUUUGUCCAUACUCUUAUUUUUUUAUUUUUAUUUUGAAGGUGGGCAACGCAGAUUUGUUGGUAUGUCUCGUAACAAUCGUUGUGGAUGCUAGCUUGACUUGGUCUUUUACUACGAAGGCUGGCCUGACGUCAGUAAACAAACAAAUAAAUAAAUAAAUACAAUUUGAAAUCCUGUCAAAAUUUAGUUUGUGUUAACAGUGAUGGCAAGGUGCUAUCGCGUAGUUAGUGAAGCGCGUCACACAUGAGGCGAUUAGUUCGUGAGUAAUCUCUUAAGAGGCAUUAUUUUCUUUCAUUCUCGCAAGUCUCUCAAGGGAUGUUAAGUCCCAUCAAACAUGAAGUCUUGUCUCUUGAAAGCGUGCAGGUUCCUUUGCCUGUUCUUGAUUUUGCCUUUGCGACUGGCGGAUGCAGUGGGUUUACGCGGCGUCUACAAACGUCUCUUUCCACUGCUCGUCUACAACAUCACAUUUUCGUAUAACGACAAAAUGAACCGCGUGAAGAAGGAGCUCUUCCGGAACGUGUGCGGUUUUGCUAACGGAGACGGUUCGCUCCGCCUACUUGAGAUCGGCUGUGGCACCGGGGCAAACUUCCAGUUCUACCCGUACGGAUGCACGGUGCUCUGCGCGGACCCCAACCCGCAUUUCGAGACUUACCUGCGGAGGAGCAUGGACGCCAACAAGCACCUGAGUUAUGAAGCCUUUCUGGUUACCUCUGCGGAGGACAUGAAGGAGCUGGAUGACGAGUCUGUGGACGUGGUGGUGUGCACGUUGGUGCUGUGUUCUGUCAGGGACGUGAAGCUGGUUCUUCAGGAGGUCCGGCGUGUGCUGAAAACUGGCGGAGCCUUCUACUUUCUGGAACAUGUGGUGUCAAAGCCGUCAACUUUCAUCUUUUUCCUCCAACACACCAUUGAACCUUUGUGGUUCUAUAUUGGAGAUGGCUGCGUGAUUACAAGAGCGACAUGGAAAGAUCUCGAGUCAGCUGGCUUUUCUCAGCUCCACCUUAACCACUUUGAGGCGCCGGUGACUUCAGUGAUACGGCCCCACAUUAUGGGCUAUUCCAUCAAGUGAAAUUUCAGACUAUUCUCAUCCCGAAAGUUAUAAUCUAUAUUCAACAAACAAACCUCUGAGCAUUUUAUCCACCCCACUAUUCAAUUCUACACACAAAAACUUUGGUAAGCAGCAAAUCAUUUGACUCCAAAAUGCUCAUCUUGACGAAUACACCGAUUUAUUUAUUUAUUUUUUGGUUGUCGAUACGUUUUGUAUGACUUUCUG